AUGCUGGUAAUUGGAAGGUUGGCUCCAAGAUGGAACGUGCCAAUUAUCGCCCACAUGUCCGGAGACGACGCUUUGAGCGACAGGAACGAGUUUCCAACUCUUGGGUCGGUUGCACUGACGUCAGCGAGUGAAAUGGCUAAAGCUACUGUUACCUACCUGCAACUUAACAAUUGGGACCAGGUAACCGGAGCCAGAACAAAUUAUUUUUCAAAUGCGUUUUAGGUUGGAAUCGUGCGGCCUACAGUUAAUUAUGAGCGGCUUUCGGCUUUCUCCCUGAUCAAUAUCUGCAAGAAAAAAGACAUCCAGUUGAACGUGAUGAUUGAGAUUGAUCCGAUCAGCUCGGUUGAAGAAAUUCUAUCUUCUGGCAAACUUUUACAACUGCAAAACGCAGCGAGAAGUAGGUGUUUUCAAUUGUAACUUUCAUCUGUGUUGACAGGAUUAUUUAUGCACAUCAUGAGGCUCUAAGGGUUUUAAAAGUAUCUCAAAGAGUAGAAGUCACAAAGCGGUUACAUUUAUCCGGAUCAUUUUUUAGGAAAGCUCAAAAAUUGAACCUCUCCAUCCUGAAAAUUUAAGUACUCGGAUUGGUCUACCAGAACCGCUAUAAGCCCUGGGAUUUGCCAUACUUUUCAUUUCUAAUAGUUUUUAUAACGGAAAUUACAUUCUCCUACUACUGCGCUUUCCAUAUUUGAAAUUAUCCUGUUUUUCAAGGAUAGCUACUUACUUUUUUUGUUUCAUUAUUUCUUUACUUCCUCUUUUGGGUUUCGAGCCUUUUUCUUAACUGGAAAGCUUUUACUUUGUGAUAUUUCUUUAUUAAACAGUUUUUCUAGUACGUGAAGAGUCUUCUGACCGUUUUCUGAAGAAUAAAAAAACUAAGUUUUUAAGUUUCAAUAAUUUAUUCUUUAGUAAUCGUGGUUGAAAUCGGAAUGGAUCUCCACGCGGUCACAAACUUCAUGGUUGCCGUCCACAGAGCAAAAAUGAAGACCGAAGAAUUUGUUUUUAUCCUCCCUUGGCUCGCCCACGUAACAUCACUUUUCCAAUCCGAUUAGGCCGACGUGAAAGCUUGCAGGUUCAUGAUCAUUAUCCCUGGGAAGCCGACAAACUCGACAAGCAGGAAGUCAAAGCGGCUUUCGAGCACAGUGUCAUUAUCACUGCCCAUGGCUACGACAACAAAUUCUUCCAGGAGUUCCAGAAGAAGUUCAGCGCUGCCACGGGAAUGUUGGCUACACACGUGAGAAGCUUUUUUUUUUGUUUUCUUUUUAGUGAAAAAACGACAAACAAAUUUUUUUUUCAAACUUUUCAUCAGCUACGUUGACUUUCUUGAAACGCUUAUUUUUGGGAGAAGCGUGAUUUCCAGUAGCAAAUUAAGCAAAAAGAUCCAAAGCUCAAAUUCCGUUUUGAUUGCAUUAACUUUCUUACGCUUCUCAACUCGAAUUUAUAUUUUUUUGAGAGAUUUAGCAAGAAGCGAAUUUUUUUCCACAUUAAAUUUUUCUAAAUCAAAAAGAAAAAAAACCCAACAAAAAGCAUUUGGCAUAGCUGUUUGGAGCUAUAAACUUUUUCAAUUUUUUUCACCGAUAUUUUUUUAUGGUUUUUUUAUUAUUUUUUUCACCGGUACUUUCUAUCAUAUUAUAAACAUUCUCUUAUUUCAGUUCCCAGUAGACAUAAGGAGACUUAAAUUCUGUCAUUGAUUUUCACUUUCAAAGAAGCACUUAAUUUAAAUUUUUCAAAAAUAACCCGGUUCAUCCUUGAAAACGGAUGAAACAAAAGCUCAAAGCUGUUGGCGGACGUCCACCAUCACCGCUUUUCAUAUUUAAUAACCAAAUCUCCUUUUUCAGUACGCCACCUUAUCCUACAUGUCCCUUUACGAUGCCUUAUUUCUUUACGGUCUUGCACUUCGGGACGCCUACGAAGCCGUCGGAGGGUACGAAGUUCAUCAAAACGGCUCACUUCUUUGGUCGAUGAUGACAAAUCGUCAGUUCGAAGGCAAGUUUAAUUGAUACCUUCUUCAUUUUUUUUCUCAAAUAUUGAACACUAAACGAAAGUUUGCACUUUUUUUUUUGAAAAACCUUCCUAACCGGAGUUGCAUAUCUUGUGGACUUUGAACCAUCAUGAAGCAAACUUUGAAAGAAAAACUUUCCAUUUUGACUCUUUUCGAAGGGUCUAAUUAAAGUUAGAACCAUAUAAUCUAAUAACUUGUUUUUAUGAACAACCGGCCAAGUUCUCAUGAACAACAAGGCGAUCCGUGUCCCGAGUUACGCUACUUAUCACACCACGAAUGGCACUUUGAAUGUCAGUUUACCGAAUUUUUCAUAAACGUUGUGAUGUGUUUUGUUCCUUCAGACUUUCCCACUGUUGAGCGACUCUCUGCACUUUCUUUUCUCACGUUACUCUAAAACAGAAGUGGCAGACAUUUUCAUUCUUCACUCCUUAUUCAAACUUUUUAGAUUGUCGUCGAGCUUGAAGCCAAAAAUGUCGACCGUGGACAGUGCGAAGAAAACGGCGACCAGUGCUCAGAACAUGUAUUUUUUGCCUUUUUUUUUAAACUUCCUGCUGAGUUUCUAUUUGAAACGGGAAAGUAAUUGAAAAGCUUUCAUGACAACAACAUAGCUUCUUUUUGAGCUUUCGACAAAAAAAAGAGACUUAAUUUUAUGAAAUGUUUUCACAGUAGAACCAGGCUAGAUACUACCAAAGGAUUCUCAAGAACUUUUAGUUUUUGUUACCCGCUUGAGAAUUCCCUGUAGACGUUUACUUUUUAUUAUUUUUUUCAUUUUGUUCUCAAUUUUUUUCUAUCAAUCUUUUAGCCAAAUUAUCCAAAAUUUAGUUUUUCGCGUUACAAGAUUUCUGGCGUCUUCUAAUCACCAUAACUCUUCUAAAAAAAGUUUGUAACACUCUUAUGUUAGCGGUAACUUUUUCUUUGUACGUUGAGGUUAGUUGAUUCAAUAAGAGUUACUGAAACUCUUUUUUCUUAACAGCAAGAUUAUAUUUUCACUAAAAUCAGAAAAUUUUUAUAGGUUGCCCAUGAAACCGUCCAGUUAUACUGGGGCUCAAGCGACGGAAAACUUCCUACAGCUGUUCCGAAAUGCGGGUUUACCGGCUCAGAAUGCGACUAUCGCAUUUAUUUCAUUUGCGCUGCCUUGUUUUUCUUCUUAUGUACUGCCGCUCCUCUGGGUUAUUUCAUUUAUCUCAAACAGUUAGUUCUGAUCGAAGAAAAUGACGAGUUCUUGAAAUUAACUCAGGAUUGAGCGAUUAUUGUACGACAUGACAUGGAGAAUUCCUAGAGAAUCGAUUCGUAUCCUUGAGAGCAAAUCGGUGAUUCUAGUCUUUUUUCUAGGCACGAAAAAUCGAUUUUCAGAGAUCUGAGCACUCGCUAAUAAGCAAGUCGAUGAGCUCAGGCUCCUUUUCAGGAAGUCAAGGUUCGAAACAAAAUGGACUUAUUGCUGCAAAACAAGCCAUUUCCAAUGGAGUACGGGUCGCGAUCAAGGUUUUUGCAAAAAUAUCCACAUUUUCAUCACAUAUUCGAUUUCCAGAGAUAUCGCCAAUUAAGAAAUCUUUCUUUCCCGAAAAACGAGUUGAGAAUGCUAAAGGAGGUGUUUAGAUUGUAGGUUUCAAAUGAAAUUAUCGAAAUUGCAGCUGAAAAUGAUAGAAAACGACAAUUUGAACAAGUUCUAUGGAAUCUCAUUCAAUCAACAGAACGAGUUCAUUGUUAUGUGGGUUUUAUGUAGUCGUGGGAGUUUGGAGGUUAGUUCGUAUUUAUUCUAAAAUUCAUUAAAAUUUCGAAGGACAUUCUGUUCAACGACGAACUCAAGUUAGGCCGUAAUUUCCAAGUUUCUUUCGCCAAAGACGUCGUGAAGGUAUCCAGGCAACAAACUGAUAAUCAAAAUCCAUAAAACUUCAGGGUUUAUCCUUUUUACACGCGUCGCCUAUCGGUUGCCAUGGCAUGCUGUGUCUUCAAAACUGCCUCGUCGACUCGAAUUGGACCGUGAAAUUGUCGAAUUUCGCGACUGAGCAGCUCAUAUCCGAGAAACUCGAUCACAGUGAAAUCAAGCCGAUAGAAUGUGAGAGUGAAAGCGAAGUGAACGAGGAGAAGAUGGCGGAUAUCUCCUCGAAAAGUUUAUUUCUGAUUGAAAACUUGUUGAAGAAUCAGAGUUUUUCAGAAUACCUACAACAAGCCCCCGAGAUAAUCCGCGAGGUCAUGGCCAGAAAAUGCUUGCCAAAAGGAACUCAGGCUGCCGAUGUCUACGCUCUUGGAAUGGUUCUUUAUCAAAUUUUAUUCCGAGUUGAGCCCUUCCACGAACGAGGAAAAAGUGUCUACAGUGAGAGGAAAAAUAUGUUUCGAAUUUUUUCUCUAUCUUAAACAGAACUUCUGGAAAAGUUAGCCAUGUCCAAUGAUGAGGAACAAAUUAUCAGGCCAGUUUUCCCCUCGAGCAAUCAGAACGAAGGCUACAGCUUGCAGGUGAAGUUUUAUGCUUUUUUUUUGAGAUCAGGGACUCUUAGUCCAGUUCAACAGAUUCAGUUUUAUAUGGCAUUUCCAAAACAUUUUGUGAGUUUAACAAAUAGUACUUGAAAAAUCAUCAUGAAACUCAAAGUUCAAAAAAAGAGGCCGCCAAAAAAAGCAACACAGGCCAUAAGAUCUUCAAGAGAGACUUUCAGCAGUUUUUGCGCACAAAAAAGUGUUAGAAAUCGUCCUUGUAGGCUCAAUUAUAUUUAAACGAUCUUUUUUACUUUUCCAGCUUCUCUCUUGCCUUGAAGCAACCUGGCUAGAACUAGCUGAAAUGAGGCCUAACGUGAAAAAAGUCCGAGCCAUGGUCAACGCCAAUCUCAAAUCCUCGUAAGAUGACUUGAACAAAACACGAAAAUGUUUUUGGUUGAAGUGGAAAAGGGUCGUUAGUCGAUCAAAUGAUGAAAAUGAUGGAAGAGUACACUAUGAACCUGGAGUCAAUGGUUCGCGAUAGAACUGCUAUGUUGGAAGAAGCUCAAAAACAGGCCGACCGUCUUUUGAAUAGCAUGUUGCCCAGGUUUUUAUCAUACAUGAAAAGCUUUAUUUCAAUCCCUCCUCUGCCAUGCUCGUUGAAGCCUACGGAUGUAUAGAUUGGCUCAGCUUUCUAUCUGUGCAAAUCUUAUACAUCUGUAGGCGACGGCGUUGCUUUAUUUCCCCCGUUAUCUCCGUUUCCCGUCAUUUUUCUUCUGAAUUCGUAUUUGAACAAAAAAAAUCAGAAUUUUAGAUCAAUCGCCGACGACUUGAAAGUUGGCAAACCAGUCCUUCCCCAGCUCUACAGCUCAGCGACGGUCCUUUUCUCGGAUAUCCGAGGAUUCACCAGAAUUUCCUCGACAUCCACACCUCUUCAAGUAACUCUAUUCUAUAAUUAUCAUACAAAAAGGAAUUUUCAGGUCGUCACAUUCUUGAAUGAUAUGUUCAGUGGUUUUGAUGCAAUCAUCGCAAAGCACGACGCCUACAAAGUGGAAACGAUUGGCGACGCCUACAUGAUUGUUUCUGGAGUUCCGACAGAGAAUGGAAAUGCUCACGUCCAGAACAUAGCAGACAUCUCUCUGAAGAUGAGAGCGGUUAGAAUUCGAGAAAAUGCAUGAGUGUUAAAAUAAGAAUAAAGUUAAAAGUUAUCUCUUUUGUUUUCUAGUGAGAAAAGUGCACAGAAAAGCCAGAUUGCUCUAAAGCCUGUCUAUUGAAAUGAACCUUUCUUUUGUUUAUAAAAAAACUCGACUUUCUCUUGCAGUUCAUCUCCAACUUCAAACUUGCUCACCGACCAGAAGAGGUGAUGAUGGUCCGAAUAGGAUUCCACAGUGGAACCGUCGCCGCCGGCGUGGUCGGUUUGGCUGCACCUCGCUACUGUCUUUUUGGUGACACUGUCAACACAGCGUCACGCAUGGAAAGUACCGGCGUUGCAAACAAGAUUCAGGUCAGGAUCAUCAAGAAAAAAAAACCAUACAAUGGGUUUUUUUGGGCUGUUUUUAAUAAAGACUGUAUUGUUUUAACAAAUUGGACUGAUUUUUGACAAGAAAAUUUUUCGAACCCUUCCAAGAAUUUUGUCCUGUAAUUUUUUUGAUUUUUAUUUUUUUGCGGCCUUUAGUUAUUUUUUUAUCAGAAAAAAACUAAAAAAAGGCUUUUUUUACGAGGUUUUUCCCAAAAACUGGUCAUUUAUAAAAAUAACCUGCAGCCUAUUAUUAUAGGUCUGAGUAUGUCAAUGCAGUUCAAAAAAAAAUGUUAAGAUCUCCGAGAGCUCCUACAACCUGCUCCACUGCUUCUACUCGCAGUUCAUCAUCGUGGAGCGUGGAAAAAUUGAAGUCAAAGUGCGUUAUUUUUUUCAAAAUACUGUCCAUUCAAAAAAAUGGUUUCAGGGAAAAGGCGAGUGUACGACGUUUUACCUCGAAGGGAAAAACAACGCUCUUGUAAAGUCGUAG